AAAGCAUUGGUGCUCACCUAAGCCGCAGGAGAUACACCCAACUGGGAGACUGAGGUUGUGGGUUUGGGGGAGGAAGACCACAGAAGUAAAGUGCCAUCUUCAUGCCAUCAUAUCAUGGAUACCUACUACCAACAUGAGUUAUCACUGUUGACGGUGGCCCUGAUCAGCUGGCUGAGGACAGACUUUCUGCAGCUUGAAGGAGCCAGCCAUGGAUUUCAAACGUGUGAAGGACUAUUUCUCCUGGCUGUACUAUCAAUACCAAAUCAUUAGCUGCUGUGCUGUCUUGGAGCCCUGGGAGCGAUCCAUGUUCAAUACCAUCUUACUAACCAUUUUUGCUAUGGUGGUAUACACCGCCUAUGUUUUUAUCCCAAUCCACAUUCGCCUGGCUUGGGAAUUUUUCUCCAAAAUGUGUGGCUAUCACAGUACAAUUUCUAAUUGA